AUGGCGCGUGGUAGCAGUUCGAAUACCAACGCAAAUGUCAUUCAAUCUUCUCCGAUGGAGGACAAUUCCAGUCCCUACUACCUUCAUCCCAACGACAAUCCAAGUUUGCAGCUAGUUCCUCAUGUGCUCACUGGAUCCAACUACAUUCAUUGGAGUAGAUCCGUUAACACUGCACUUUUGGUGAAGAAUAAGAUCUCUUUUGUCAACGAUGAUCUGUUAUUUCCGGCAUGGUUGCGGUGCAACAGCAUGGUCGUAUCGUGGCUCCAAAAUUCAAUAUCUCCUCAGAUCUGCUCCAGCGUAAUGUACCUUGAAGAUGCUCAUGAGAUCUGGUCGGAUUUACGCAUCCGAUUCUCUCAACUCGAUUUUGCUCGAGCCUAUCAAUUGAAGCAACACAUCAUAUGCAAUAGUGCCUCGAAGUGGCAUGAGUAUCAAGAGCAAGAGUGCACAAUGCAGUUUUUGAUCGGACUAAAUCCUGUUUUCUCUCAGAUCCGAUCUAGUAUCCUCUCUAUGGUUCCAAUUCCUCCUCUAUCAAAAGUUUUCUCACUUGUUCUGCAGGAGGAAAGGCAACGAACUAUUAAUGGUUAUUCUCCGGUUAUAUCUCCUUCUAUGAGUGAUCAGCCUUAUUCAGCCAAUGCUGCAACAUCUCAAUCCUACAAUAAGGGGAUAAUUUUUUCACAUUGUGGUUUUGGUAAGGGGAAGAACAAAUUUGGUGCUGGUGGCAAGGAUAAUAAAUCUGAGCAAUGUCAGCAGCUCAUAAAACUGCUUCAGUCUCAACUUGCUGCUGCUGCCACCUUCACUUCUUCUACUCCAACAACUCACUCCACUUCUGCAGCACCAAAUAUGCCUUCAUCUCCUCAUAAUGUUCCUUUCACAGGUUCUGUUAUUCCUUCAUCUCUUACUUCAUCUGUUGAUGUUUCUUAUGCAAAUUCUGUUGCUAGUAUAGAUGUUUGGCAUAAAAAGUUGGGGCAUGUAUCCUUUGGGAAACUAAAAUCCAUGUCUGACAUUCUCAAUUUUCCAAAUAAAGCUCCUUUAUUGUGUGAUAUCUGUCCUCUUGCCAAACAAAAACAUAUGCCUUUUUCAAAAUCUGAUUCUAAUGCCACCAACUGUUUUGAUCUUAUACAUUGUGAUGUCUAG